ACAACCAAACACCAUAUUACCAAAUAUGCUGUUUGGCUACCGUACUUGACGCAUAGAACGUAACACUGCAGAGUGCACACACCAAAGUGAAGGAAAACAAAUCAAUGGAAGUCAGUGGCGGUAGUUGGUGGUGGCUCAGCCUCAUCCUCAUUCUCAUCCCUCUCUUCCUUCUCAAAUUCAUUUCCAAAAGAAGCCCAACCCUCCCUCCCGGACCUCUCACCAUUCCCAUAAUCGGCAACCUCUUAUUCCUCCGCAAAUCCUUCUCCCAACUCGAGCCCAUCCUCCGCAACCUCCACGCCAAGUACGGCCCCGUUGUCUCUCUCCGCAUCGGCACCCGCCGCGCCGUCUUCAUCGCCGACCGUGUCCUCGCCCACCAGGCCCUCAUCCACAACGGUGCCAUCUUCGCCGACCGCCCUCCAGCCCUCCCCACCACUAAAUUAUUCAACAGCAACCAGCAUAACAUCAGCUCCGCAAGGUACGGCCCAACCUGGCGCCUCCUCCGCCGCAACAUAACUUCCGAGAUCCUUCAUCCUUCGCGGGUCAAGUCCUAUUCCAGCGCUCGCAAAUGGGUUCUCGAUAUUCUCCUCAAACGCCUCGAAUUCGAUGCUCAGAGCGACGCCAUUGGUGUUCGCGUAAUGGAUCACUUCCAGUACGCCAUGUUUUGCCUCUUGGUUUUGAUGUGCUUCGGUGACAAGCUUGACGAGUCGAAGAUCAAAGAAAUUGAGGCCAUCCAACGUCGAAUGCUGCUGGCCUUCUCACGCUUCAGCAUACUCAAUUUCUGGCUCAGUUUGACCAAAAUUCUAUUCAGAAAGCGGUGGCAGGAUUUGUUGCAGCUCCGCGAUGACCAACGUGAGGUUCUGGUGCCCCUCAUCAAUUCCCGGAAAAAGGUCGGGGAAGCCAAGGUUGCUACCAAUGAUGAUGAUUUUGUGCUUUGCUAUGUGGAUACUUUACUGGGUCUGGAGCUACCAGAGGAAAAGAGGAAGCUUGAUAUCGGAGAAAUGGUGAGCUUGAGCUCCGAGUUUCUGAACGCUGGCACUGAUACCACCUCCACGGCACUGCAGUGGAUCAUGGCCAAUAUAGUGAAACAUCCCCAGAUUCAGGGGAAGCUGUAUGAGGAGAUAAAAGGGGUAGUAGGAAAUGAUGAUGGAAGAAGAGUGGAGAUUGAAGAAGAGGAUUUGCAGAAGAUGCCUUAUUUGAAAGCUGUGAUAUUAGAAGGGCUGAGGCGCCACCCGCCGGCGCACUUUGUGGUGCCGCACGCGGUGAGUGAGGAUGUUGUGGUGGGUGGACAUGUGGUGCCGAAGAAGGCAAGUGUUAACUUCAUGGUGGCGGAGAUGGGAUGGGACCCCAAGGUGUGGGAGGAUCCCAUGGCGUUCAAGCCGGAGAGGUUUCUGGCUGGUGAUGAUAGUAAGGUUGAGUUUGAUAUAACUGGGAAUAGGGAGAUAAAGAUGAUGCCUUUUGGGGCGGGGAGGAGGAUAUGCCCUGGUUCUGGUCUGGCCAUGCUUCAUUUGGAGUAUUUUGUGGCCAAUUUGGUUUGGAAGUUUGAGUGGAAUAAGGUUGAUGAUGAUGUUAAUUUGUCUGAGGUACAGAAGUUCACUGUCGUCAUGAAGAAUCCUUUGCAUGUGCGCUUGACUCUGAGGCACUAGACAUUGAUAUCUAUCUAGGACUACCUGGUAUUUAAACGAGGAUAGUUGUGGUGAACUGGGGAUUGGAGUCCUUUCAUGAUUUCAUAUUCAUAAGAGACAUCUCUGGUAAUUAAGAAAGACUAAAACUUCAUACAAUAAAUAAGGUACCAAGCACAAAAGCCUCCAACAAGAUAUGAAUGAUUUGGUGACUCUUCUUGGGAAGUUUGGUUAGUUUUGAAGUUUCAGAGAUGGGAUAUUGGGGUCCAAACAAAAUUAUCUGUUUCUUAAAACUAUGUGUGUAAACUCAGCUUUGAUGUCUUGCUGGGGAUAUAGAUUGUUUAUGAACCAAGGCUCUGGUCUGGCAAUGCUUCAUUUGGAGUAUUUUGUAGCCAAUUUGUUUGAGUGGAAUAAGGUUGUCUGAGGUACAGGAGCUCAUUGUCGUCACGAAGCAUCCUUUGCUUGCGUGGUUGACUCCGAAGCACUAGACCAGACCUUAUUAUUGAUCUAUGUUUAUCCAUCCUAGGACUGCUUAGUACUCAAACUUUGCUUCAUACAUAUCUGCUGUGCUGUGUUCAGAUGGUGUAAUUAAGAUAUUCUUAGGCCUUAUAUGAAAAGUAAAAUAUAUCUUUGUCCAUGACAACCUUUCUAUGAAUAGUCAAAGCAAAAUGUGGCUUGUUGGUGAUGGAGCAGAUAAGGACGCCAUCUCUUUCUUUCUCCUAUGGUGGCUUCGAUUGCUCAAACCCUUCUCUCCAACUCUAUCUGGUGUACUCUACUGAACAUUGGUGCUUGUUGUAAUCACAUGAUUUAAGAGAACUCCUUGUUGGGGAGAGCUGGAAGUAGGUCCAUUGUUUGGCCGAACCAGGAUAUUCAUUUGCACGCGUGCGAAGAAAACUGUGUACGCCACAAGACUGGAGAUAGUUCUAUUCAAGUGAUUCCAUUCCAGAUUGGUAUUUUGAUGCAGUAGUUUUGGAUCAUUUUCCCUUUCAUAAUUUCUUGUUAUUUAUGUUAUGCUAAUUCAUCAAAAUUGUUGACAGAACAGAAGAACAACUUUCACUCUAGAGGGUAUCUACUUUUAUUUC